AUGAAUAAAAUUCUUCAAGCCUUAGUUCAAGAAGGGUUGAUCACAUGGCCCGAGAUGGAAGAACAACGAACAAGAAUGUUGUUAAGGGAAGAUGUUUCUGAGGAAGAUGGGAACAUCUUUUUCAAACAAUUUCUAGAAGAAAUGGAAGAAGUGAAGGGCAGCCUUUCUCUUGAUUUUUCUGAGAUGGAGAAGGAGAUGUCGAUAUUGAUUCAUUCCGCACAGGAGGAAGCUGAAAAAAUUGCCUCGGGUUUGCUGAUCGAAAACAAACCAUCUAUUUCUUCCUCUUCGGAUUUGCAGAAUACCGAAAGCAAACAACCAAAUGCAUCUCCCACACAAUAUGUAAUUCAUUUAAUCAGAGAGAUGAAUCAAGCAACUGACUUUAAAAUUGUGGACUCUUUACUUCAAGAAUUAAAAAUCAAAAUGACUGCGAUUGAAUCAGAGCCAGGAAUCGACUUGACAACUUUCCAUUUAAGUUUUGCAAGCACAGAUAAUUAUCGUUUUGCUUUGUUCUGUGUUUUGUUGCAUUUCCGAAUGAGAAACCAACAUGAAAGAGCCAUCGGACUGUGUGAUGAGUUCUUGCAGCUAUCAGGUGUAGAAAAUACAAAUCUGCAUGGAUUAGUUUUAUAUUUACGAGGAUGUUGCAUGAUGGAUUUAAAAAGAAAUGUUGAGGCAAUAAUUGAUUUCACAAAAGUAAUUUCAAAUUAUCAGUACUUUAGGGCAUAUAUUUCCAGAUCUGUUGUUUUCCAGAGAACAGGAAACGUUGAAAAGGCGUUAAACGAUCUUAAUGUAGCAAUUGAAAAAAAUCCAGGAAUUGCGCUAUUAUUCAAAUGCAGAGGUGAUUUGUACAGCAAGAGUUUAAAAAAUUACGAAAUGGCUCUAAGGGACUAUAAUCAAUCAAUUUUGUUAACCUCAGACUAUUUCACUGCUUACCUAGAAAGAGCUUAUGUUUACUCCACUCUUCAGCAGUAUGAUAUGGCCUUGUCAGAUUGCAAUCGAUGUAUCAAGUUAAAACCUGAUUCUAUUUCGUGUCUAAUGUUACGAGCUCAAUUGCAUGAAAAGAUUUCAAAUCUUGAGGCAGCACGAAAUGACUACAUCCACAUUUUGCAACUUGAUCCAAACAACUCGGAAGUUUCUCAGAAGCUUCAGCAAAGCUCUCCUCAAAAGUUAUCCAAACAGCAGAGCCCAAAUCGGUCUGUCACUCCAUCGAUAUCAGUUGUAUCUGAAAAGAGGAUGUCACCAUCAAGACAAGGGAAUUUAGAAAAUGUGCGUUUCAUUUUGCAAUCAAAAAUUAAGGAUAUUUCUCAAGCUACUUCUCUUCCAGCUGCUUUUCGUAUUUUGCAAAUGAUUCUUGACAUUCUGGAUUUACACUCGAAUUCUAUUCAUGAAUCCUUCAUUGACACAAUCGUUAAGAUCUCAGAGGAAGGGCAUUGGGCGGAGUUAUUGGUCCCUUUAUUUCACAAAAUCAUAAUGAAGGAUAGUAGAAGAGCAAAUUAUGAAGUCAAUUCUUUACUUGCAUCGAUGGGUGAUAACAGCCUUAGUCUUUUGUUUGCGCUUUCAUUGAUGAUUAGAGCCAUGUGCAAUGAGGAUUUAGGAGAUUUUACGUCAGCACUUAACGACUAUGACGAGGUUAUUCAGAAAUUCGAGCAAAAGUUCGAACAUGCUCAUUUGCGAAAAGCAUCUUUGCUUCUUUACAAGCUUUGUAAACCAGAUCAAGCAUUACAAUGUUUGGAUAUUUACCUAAAGCUCGAUCCGAGAAAUGCUUCCGCUCAAAACAUGAGAUACAAAGCUCUCCAAAUGAAGAGUAGUAUGAAAUGA